CGGCCCGUUCCGCCCGGGGCAGCUGGCUCCGGAUGGCGUAGCCGGGUUGCACCCCUGGAGCGCAGGGAAAGUUGUUGCUGUUUCCUCUGAAGUUGCUCCUGGGGGUGUCCCGGGUUGACAGACCCGCUGAGAGUAGAUAAUUAAAAGUCUGGAAGACUUGAUUUCAAAGCAUAUACCACUGAUUUCAAAGGAAGUACAUCUACAUGAAGAACUACAAAAGGAGUUGAUUUGAGAAGACCCAGUGUUGCAAAAAUGACUUCAAGUUGUGUGAUUCCAGUGUUUGCUUUGAUGAUUUUGUGUUUAGCAGCUGCAGGUCCUGUGCCUAGGAGUGAAUGUGUGUUAUCGGCUGUCAACAGUUCCCACCCAGUUCAUGCCUUGCUGGAGAGCUUUACCGUCUUAUCUGGUUGUGCAAGCAGAGGCACAAUGGGCCUGCCGCAGGAGGUGCACAUCCUCAACCUCAGAAAUCCAGAGGAAGGCCUUGGCCAUCAUGAAAAAGAGGUCACGUUACAUUUGAAUCCCAUUUCCUCAGUGCACGUUCACCAUAAGCCUGUGGUGUUCCUACUGAACUCUCCUCAGCCCCUGACCUGGAAGCUGAAAACGGAAAGAUUGGCAUCUGGAGUCCGAAGAUUUUUCUUCGUAUCUCCAGGUUCCAUUGUUCAAUUUGAGAAGGGAAAUUUCUCCUUGGCAACAGAAACCGAAGAAAAGCCUUUCCCUCAGGGAAAUGAACAUCUGUUACAGUGGGCCCAAAAGGAAUAUCGAGCAGUCACGUCUUUCACUGAACUCAAAAUAUCGAGAAACAUUUACAUCAAAGUGGGAGAAGAUCAAGUUUUUCCUCCCACAUGCAACAUAGAAAAGAAUUUCCUCUCUCUGAAUUAUCUUGCGGGAUAUCUACAACCAAAGACAGCGGAGGGGUGCCUUAUGUCUGCCAUAGACCAAGAAAGAGAGGUUCAUAUAAUUGAACUAAUCACUCCAAACUCCAAUCCCUACAGUGCUUUCCAGGUGGAUAUAAUCAUUGACAUUAGACCAUCUCAACCAGACGUCAUGCUUGUCAGGGACCUCAUACUUAUCCUCAAGUGUAAAAAGUCUGUCAAUUGGGUUAUCAAGUCACAUGAUGUUCAGGGAAAACUGGAAGUGAUUGCACCAAACAGUAUUGGCUUUGGAAAAGAAACAGAACGAUCUAUGAUUAUGACUAAAUUAGUAAUACCUGAUAUUCCCUCAUCUCAUGAGAAUUUGAUUAAGUGGGCUUAUGACCAUGGCUAUCACCCAGUUACUUCCUACACGAUAGCCCCUGUGGCUAAUAGGUUCCAUCUACGAAUUGAAGACAGUGAAGAGAUGAAUGAUGAAGACCACCCUUUUCUUCCCCCGGAGCUGACCAAACUGCCAGAUAACCCUCUGCCUGCUUUGAAGGAGCCCACAUUAAGCGACGGCCUGGGUUUUCCUUUUCACAUUAACAGAGGAAGGCACGAUAAGGUGGGAGAAGGAAUUUCCUUACCAAGGGAUACAGAAGACACAAUAAUGAGUCGUUUCUAUGAGCAACUGCUUCAAGAAUCUGAAGAACCUGAAGAGGUGCAGGGAAGCAUUGAUGUAGCCCUCUCAGUAAAAUGUGAUGACAAAAUGAUGACUGUUGCAGUAGAAAAAGACUCCCUGCAGGCUAAUGGUUACACAGGGACAGAACUCUCACUACUAGAUCCUGCCUGUAAAGCGAAGAUGAAUGGUACCCAUUUCAUUUUGGAAUCUUCGUUGCACAGCUGUGGGACUCAACAGAUAGACUAUGCCUUGGAUAACAUAGUUUAUUUUAACUCUAUUGUUAUUCAGCUGUCCUCACCAGUGGAAAGUAGUGGUUGGGGAAUUGAUGAUGAAGAUGUCGAAUCGGGUGAUAAUGGAUUUCCAGGAGACACUGAUGAAGCAGAUGCUACCUUUCCAAGCAGGCCUGAAAUAGUUGUGUUUAACUGCACACUCCACCAGGCAGAGGGUGGCAAACGCUUACCUAAUCCUGCGCCUCCUGAACCCCGCAUCAGCAAUGUGACCUUCAACAUGGAGCUUUAUAAAACAGACCUCUUUUUCGCUCCCUUACAAGGACUCUUCUCUGUUGCUGAGAAUGGACAGAUUUACGUUGAGGUUUCUGUGACGAAAGCUGACAGAGCCCUGGGUUUUGCGAUCCAAACAUGUUUUGUUUCACCAUAUUCAAACCCUGAUAUGAUAUCUGAUUACACCAUCAUAGAAAACAUUUGUCCUAAAGAUGAAUCUGUUAAAUUCUACAAUGUCCAGAAGGUGAACUUUCCUAUACCACAUGCACAGAUGGACAAAAAGAGGUUUAGCUUUGUGUUUAAACCUAUAUUCAACAUCUCAUUGCUCUUUCUUCAUUGUGAGCUGACUUUGUGUACAAAUAAAGAAAAAGACACUCAAGGACUGCCGAAGUGCAUUCCUCCUGAUGAAGCCUGCACCUCGCUCAAUGUUGAUAUGAUCUUGGCCAUGAUGCACAAUAAGAAAACUUUCACCAAGCCCCUUGCUGUAAUAACCCAUGAAGAAAAGCCAAAAGGUCCACCUACUCACAAGCCAAAAGGCAGUGGGAUGCAGCCACCAGUUUUCUAUGGACUGGACACUCUGACCGUUGUGGGCAUCGCAUUUGCAGCAUUUGUGAUUGGAGCACUGCUGACAGGAGCACUGUGGUUUAUCUAUUCUCACACAGGACCUCUGCCUCAUUCAGUGCACAAAAUGGACAAGAAAAGGGGAAACAGCAGGAAGACAGCAGGUCCCCACAUACCCACCAGCCUCUGAAAACAGCAGUGCCGCACACAGUAUCGGCAGCACACAAAGCACCCCCUGUUCUAGCAGCAGUACAGCCUAACCCAAGGGGAAAUAAGUCCAAGGAGCAUCAUAGGAGGGCAGAGGUUCAAAGAGACAGUUUGUUGACAUUAGCUGUCUAAAGUUGGAAGGAUUAAUUUGGUUUCUUUUGAGAAAGGAGGGAUUUCACUGUAGAAAAAAAAAUCACCGGAUCUUCUGGAUAAAUACAGUCUUUGGACCUUUCUACAGCAUGUUAUGCUACAUGAGACAAAGCUAUUAAUUCUACAGUACUGCAACCUGUUAAAAGGGUGUGUGGGCUCUCAGUGCGAAAUACAUGCCAGUUUGAAAAAUGCUGCUUUGUCUAUACAAAAUAAUUUUUGGUUCCUAAACCUUUUCACUGAUAAGGUGUUCGUAAAGGGAUUUCAACAAGAUAAGUAGAAUAAAGGAGAUCUUAUGUCAAAGGAUUCCUACACAUCAGAAGAAGAAAGUCUCAAGCUCAGAUCUACUUGGUUAAAAACCAUUUUAUUACUUCAGCUAUAUUUAACCACUUCAAAAUAGCGCCUUGUUUUCUUGAGCUUGACUGCUAUAGCAUCUUACCUGCGUUCUUGUUUUGUAUACAGUUUCAGGUGUUUAAAAUAUGUUUGCCUUUGGUAAUUAUAAUGCUCACUAAAGCAACAUUCCCUUUCUUGUUCACUGGGCCAAAACUAUCUUCAGUUAGGGGUUUUUACCCACUAUACACACAAAGAUUAAAGAAAGAUAAUAUGCACUAAUGUUAAUGUGUGUAUACUUAAUGAAAUAUCUUUAUGCAAAUGUAUAUACCACAGUAUACACCAUUUUACUUAAUCUAGCAUGUCUAUUUUUUAGACAGGGAAAAUGAUAUUAAUAUCCCACCCACGAGGAUGUUGUUAGAUAUUUAUAAUUGGCUCUUUAGUUUAUAUGCAUAUUUUGAAACUAAUAUAGAAAAAAGUAUAUUGAAAUAUACUUGGCUCAGUCCUACAUUCUUUGUGUGGCUCGAAUUCCAGUUGACAUCACAGUGAUUUUGAGUGCACAACGAAUAUACAACCGAGCCUAUCUGUAUAAAACACUGCGUAUAAAAAUUAAACUGUUCUUUUAAGAUAACAGUCCACAGCGGUUUGUGUCAAACUACUAGUUAGUCAUAUGAACUUUGCAGUUGGAUAUUCCCAAAGUAAUGUUAGAAUGUGAGAUGGGCAAUAAGGCACUAAUUUUCAUAGUAUUAUUUUAGUGCUUUUGCCAUACCCUGACCUUACAAUAAAUCCCAAAUGGAGGGAAAAAUUAGAUGUGAAUUACUUUGAAUAUUAUGGUGUUACUUUGCAACUGUAAUAUGCUCUGAUUCCUCUGUUUUUGGUUUGUUUGGGGUUGUUUUUUAAAGUGAACGCUAUUCUCUUGUCACAGGAUAUGAAUGACUUUAGUAGAGGCUGCUUGUAUUCUACAGCAGGAGAAUAGGAUUCUUUAUAUUAGGGUGAUAUUCUCCUAAGUCUGAACUCAAUUUUUCUAUUGCUAACUCUACACUUAUGCCAUGUAUACAACUCAUAUUGUCAAUGGAUAUUCAGCCUGUAUCAUGAGAUCAAAAUGUGCAAUAGAGAUACGUACUCAGGAUCAGAUAGCAGAAUUUUUCCCUUAAUUUUUUAAACACAUUUGUCUCUGAUCCUGCAAAUGUUUAUGCACAUGGGUAAACUUACAGACCAACCCUGAUGUUGCAAAGGCUUAUCCAUGUACUUAACUUUAUGCCCUGUGAUCAGUCUGUGUCAAUGGGAACUGCUCACAGUGAGUAAAGUUAAGCACAUGUGAAAUCCUUUGCAAGAUCAGACCAAUGAAUAAUUCCAUUGAGUUCAACAGAAUGACUCACAUACAUAAGUGUUUGCAGGAUUGAGUCCUUCGUGUGGGGAGAACAAAUAUGCUACCUGUGUCUUUGAAAAUAAUGCGCUUUGCCUAACCUUCAGCAGAAUGUAUUGUGUAAGCAUAUUCUAUGUAUAAAAUCUUUAAAGAUGUCUUCAAAGAAGACUAAAGUCUUUAAGUCAAUCAUAGCUAUAUUUUACUACAUUAAAUUUGUGUAUAAAGAUAUAUUUAAGUGUUUUAGAUAAAUUUAAAUUACUCGAUAUAUGUUUAAUUUCAGUUACUGUGAAUUUUACAUUUUUUGUAAAUUCUUAUUACCAUUUUAACCCUUUCCUUCUCAGAUUAAAAAAAGUAGUGUCUCAUAGGAAGUCUUAGAAAAUUCUGUUGUUGUGAUGGACAGGUUAAAACCCUUUGUGUAAGAUAGCUAAUUGUAUAUUGUUGAGAGAAACAUGCUGCAUUAUCAAUGAUUUUUAUCAAUAAUUUACUCUAAUUUUAAAACUUACAGAUUUAUAUUUCCAAACUGACAAACCAAAAAAUACAGUGCAUAAAAACAAAAUUGACUUUUUAGCCUUAUAUCCAGGAUACAAUUUAAAUUAAUAGGCUCAUUUUGAUGUACUUAGCUGUUUAGAGUUAAGAGUAUUUCAAACGGAGUUAAUGGAAAAUUACCAAUAUGUUAAUUGGAUAAUGGAUUUCAUCAAAUGCAAGUGUAGUUUCUUAUAGGAUUGAACAGUCUCUUCUGUAGGCAAGAGAAGUAAAACAAGGGCAUUUCCCAAUUAAUAGCUUUAUUAGAAGAAUGUACCAUACCUUGCAGCAGUCAUUGACUACUGCAAUUCAGAAUACUGCUACAAAUGUAAACUCUUCUUUUAUAAAACAGCCAUUUAUAUUUACUGCAAGUUUCUUUAAAGUUAUAUUGUGUUGUAUAUCAUUGAAUGUUUCGCUGCAAAGCCACAGUUCCUUGAAUCUAUCAAGAGGCCUGAUCCUGCCAUCAUUACUCAAAUGAGAUAUUUAUCUUGUUCAGAGGAGCAGCACAAGGCCUAUGUGCCAUUUACAUCCCAUCUAGUUACUCAGAAUGGGGCUCAUGAGACUUAAUUGGUGCUGGCCUUCUCUGCCAAGGUGAAUUUCACAAGUCAUCUUAUUGAGUCCAGUGGGGUAUCUGGUGGAAGGAUGGCAGAAUUGGGCUUUUAAAAAGACAGCUUCUGACGAUAAAAGCCAUUAGUGAAAUACUUAAACUCCAAGGCAGACUGCUUAUUGUGUUCAUAUAUUGUCUAAUCACUAGCUUUAACCUUUAAAAAUAUUUGGUGUUGGGUAGCUGUUACAUUUUCGUUUUAAGAAGUCAAAACAUUCUGAACUGGGCUUUUCCAUUGCAUUUACCAGAUGGAAGAGGGUUUUGCAUAAUGUCUCUAGAGAUGAUUGUAAAUUCUUUUUGUUCCUCUUCUAAUUGUUUUCUGUAAUGUAUAUACCAGUCUUUUCUGUAAUGUGUAUCUACCUCAUCCUUCACAAGAAGACUUGUACUGCUGGUUAUGCUGACAGCACUUUCUGUGAGGUAACUGUUGUGCUCUGUUUUUGUCAGUCAGACAUGGGGUGUUCAUGAAAUUAAUUGGUAUUAGCUAUCAUGUUUUCAGCUGGUUCCAAACACAGUACUUUGAUUUUUUUUAAUCAGUUCUUAAUUAGCAAAAUUUCAUCACAGAUGUAUUUUUAAAAAAUCAAUGGGAGAAAUGAAUCCAUUAAUCCCUCUGGCCAGUCCGAACACCCCAUUGGUAUUUAGUUCUGUGUUCAGUAUUUCAGAAGACUUGGGGAAAUGCUUAAUUGUACAGUUUUGAUAACCACAGUGUCAUGUCAUCUUAGUCUGUGCAUAAUAAAGUUAUAUAUCAAUUAUUAA